CACAAUUGUUCAGCAGCUGUUUCAGAAAAAUGCCGUACACAAGAGAAGUUUGGACUUUGGCCUCCAGAGUGAAAGGAGAACUGACAGAGGAGCAUUUCAAAAUUAAGGAAGAAGAAAUGCGGGAUUUGUGUAAAGGAGAAAUAGUGUGCCGAGCUUUAUAUAUCUCUGUGGACCCUAUUACAAGAUUGCAUAUUGCGUAUUCUGAGCCGGGACAACCAAUAUUGGGUAGACAGAUUGCAAGAGUUGUGGAAUCUAAGAAUCCUGAUUAUCCUAAGGGAAAACUACUGAUUGGUUCCAUGGGUUGGUCUAGUUACAGUACAGUAGAUCCUACUCUUACACAGGUACUGGGCGGACACGAGGUUCCUUUGGUUGAAACAUUACCAAGACAACUAGAAAAUGCGUCAAUGCCCAAAUCAGCGGCAUUGGGUCUUUUAGGGGUACCCGGAUUAACAGCAUAUAUUGGCUUAACAGAGGUGUGCAAAGCUAGACCUGGAGAAACUAUUGUCAUCAGCAGUGCAGCAGGACAGAUGGGUCAUCUUGUUGGGCAGAUAGCUAAGGAGAUAGGUUUAAGAGUUAUUGGAUACACAGGGAGCAGUGAGAAGGCCUCUUGGAUAAAAACUGAGCUUGGGUUUGACUGGGCCUUCAAUUAUAAAACCCAAGAUGUCGCUCAAACAUUGAAAAUCGCAGCUCCCGAAGGGGUUGAUAUAUUCUGGGAUGCUGUAGGGGGCAGUUUAUCCACAAAUAUCAUAAAUAACAUGGCAAUCUUUGGAAGGAUAAUACUUGUUGGAAACCUAGCUAGCUAUGGAAACCUAACUUCUCCUUCAAAACUAUCAAUGCUGGACCUGGCAAUAACUCUCAAGGAGAUAUCUAUUACUGGAGUCAACGUGUACAGAUAUUACCAUUUAUGGGAUAGUGCACGUCAAGCUCUCCUUCAACUAUUUAAAGAAGAAAAAAUAAAGGGUUACGAGCAUGUAGUUGAAGGGUUUGAAGCCCUUCCCUCCUCCUUCAUCGACCAGUUGGACGGGGUCUCACAGGGGAAGGUCAUUGUGAGGGUCUAGAGCUCUCGUCAAUUCAGCUCCGCCGUACUCUAAAUCUCCCGUCCUGUAGUGCUCAACCGGCCGUCCUCUAAAUCCGCCCUGUCAAGCUCCAACCGGCCGUCCUCUAAAUCUCCUGCCCUGUAAAGCUCCAACCGGCCGUCCUCUAAAUCUCCUGCCCUAUAGAGCUCCAAUGUCCUCUAUAUCUCCCGUCCUGCAGAGCUCCAACGUCCUCUACAGUCCUACAGAGCUCCGCCGUGCUGUAUAUAUCCAGUCCUGUAAAGCUACACCGGCCUCUAUAUAUUCCGUCCUGUAGAGUUCGGCCGUCCUGCAGAGCUCCAUCGUGCUAUAUCUCCAGUCCUGUAGAGCUCCACCGUGCUAUAUCUCCAGUCCUGUAGAGCUUCACCGUGCUAUAUCUCCAUUCCUGCAGAGCUCCACCGUGCUGUAUCUCCAGUCCUGUAGAGCUCGACCGUCCUGCAGAGCUCCACCGUGCUAUAUCUCCAGUCCUGCAGAGCUCGACCGUCUUUUAGAUCUCCCGUCCUGCAGAGCUCCACCGUGCUAUAUCUCCAGUCCUGUACAGCAUGACCGUCCUUUAGAUCUCCCGUCCUGCAUUCCAUCCUCCACAGCUCCACUUUACUCUAUCUACAUCUCCAACCCAUCCUUUAUAGCUCCGCUAUUCUCAAUACUUCUCCAUUUUCUACAUCUUUAACCCAUCCUCCACCGCUCCACUAUACUCAAGAGUUCUCCAUUUUCUCAACUUCCAACCCAUCCUUCACAGCUCCACUAUACUCAAGAGCUCUCAAGCUUCUACAUCUCCAACCUAUCUUCCACAACUCCACUAUACUCUGGAGUUCUCCAUUGUCUACAUCUCCAACCCAUCCUUUUCAGCUCCAUUAUUCUCAAUAGUUCUCCAUUUUCUUAACUUCCAACCCAUCUUCCACACCUCCAUUUUACUCUAGAGUUCUCCAUUUUCUACAUCUCCAACCCAUCCUUUACAGUUCCACUAUACGCAAUAGUUCUCCAUUUUCUAGAUCUCCAACCCCUCCUCUACAUCAACACUAUACGCUUCUCCAGCUAUUCCUGUUCUUCAUUUUCUAAACCUCAAACCCAUCCUUCACAUCUACACUACACUUCUCCAAUAAUUCCUGUUCUCCAGAUCUCCGCCGUUCUCUCUAUAUGUGCUGCGCUCCGCCAUCAGAGAUAUGCCGUUAUCUAGAAAUCUCCGCCGUUUUGACAAUGUUUGCAGCGUUUCCUUAGAAAAAUAGAACUGAAAAGAUCCUCGUUGAAAUUAGUUUAUAACAUUAUUUACAUAUUCUUGCAGCUGUAAUACUUGUUUAUUUUUUCAACAAUUUAUUCGAACGUAAACCACUUUCAAUCCGAAUUCAACCUUCAGAAUGUCAUAUCUGAAGAGUUCCCGGUCAUCAAAAACAGCUAUCCUUUGUAAUAACCCAUGUAUUUGUAUUUUUUGAUUUUGUUUAUUUGUUUAUAAUACAGUUGAUGAAUCAG